AGACGCUUUACGACAGUUCGUGUCGGAAGUCGGCCAGGAUGCCGGCGUACAUAGGAACAGCAGCGUGGCUGGUCAGAGCACGACUUGGGCGCGGGGUGACGGCUUUUUCCGCAUUUCCGUGGCUUUCCGUCGGCCGGACACGUCCCUUCCAAACGGGCGCAUGGUGCUUGCCUUCAGUCAGCCUAGUACCGUCAAAAACAGCGACGCCCAGGCCGUCUGCUUUGGAGAACUCCUCGACCAUCCGUAUGAACAUGACAGCUUCGUCAGCCGUCCUGUCUGAAGACAUGACCCAGAGGCUGGUGUGGGUCGAUCUGGAGAUGACUGGCUUGGACAUUGAAAAGGACAAAAUCAUCGAAAUGGCCUGCAUCAUUACCGACUCAGACAUGAACGUUUUGGCUGAGGGUCCCAAUUUAAUCAUCAACCAGUCAGACGAACUCCUGGACAGCAUGUCUGACUGGUGUAAGGAGCACCACGGGAAGUCGGGAUUGACGCAGGCUGUGAGGGACAGUAAGAUAUCCCUGCAGCAGGCGGAGUACGAGUUCCUGUCCUUCGUCCGGCAGCACACCCCACCUGGCCACUGUCCACUAGCGGGAAACUCGGUGCAUGCUGAUAAGAAGUUCCUAGAUAAAUACAUGCCCCAGUUCAUGCACCACCUGCACUAUCGCAUCAUCGACGUGAGCACCAUCAAGGAGCUGUGCAGACGCUGGUUUCCCAUCGAGUACAAGCUGGCUCCUCAGAAAAAGGCUUCACACAGAGCUUUAGAUGAUAUCCAGGAAAGCAUUAAAGAGCUGCAGUAUUACAAGGCCAAUGUUUUCAAGACUGAAACCGAGGAAAAGAAGCAUAAAAUCAUAGAAAAUGGCGAGAAGAAGAGCGUGAGCUAGGCUGUAGCUUUCUGAGCCGAAAACCCCAAAGUAUUCAUAGGCCUGACAGAUGAAGGAAACCUAACUGUACAGAGGUCGCACAGCGUUGGAAACGGCGUCGUCCUCUCGGAUGUCGCAUAUGCUUUUUACAUGCAUUCCCGUUCACCCCCAUCCGUGUUCUUUGGUUCCUCACGUCUGGGAGGCGGAGUCCCGUCUGCUCCAGAGGCCCCCGUUUGGAUCGCAUUCCGUUUUCUUUCCGUCGGCUUGGAAUGAAUGAAAAAAAAAAAACUGUUCUGAAGUGCAUCUGCUAUAUGGCUUAUCAGCGUUUGUACCCACAGGAUGGGUCAUUCUUUUUCUUUCACAUUUUUAGGGGGGGGGAGAAAAGCAAAUAAAUGUUAGUUUAAAUUUUCAAGCUA